AUGUUCUCUACUAAGUCUGUCUUCGGUGCCAUCCUGGCUUUGGCCUUUUCUGUCCAAGUUUCAGCUCAUGCAGGCGCCACACCCGCCCUCGGAGUAGCCGGACAGAUCACUCGAGGGGAUGUUGAACGGCCUUCCACUGCCAACCCAUGUGGAGAGGUCAACAUUGCGCAGAACUUGAAUACAGCGACACCGAUUGUUGCGGCCGCUGACGGAACUUUCACCGCCACUGUCCAAAACUUCAAUGGUGGAAGAGAUGGCUCUCGCCAAUUUACGGUGGCAAUCGACGCUGCAGCUGCGGGAACGAAUUUCGUACCAGCUACCGUUACAAAAAAUGGUGACCCCGCACCGGCCGCGGUUGGUACUGAGCAAUUGGUCGGACAACUACCUGCUGGAACUACUUGCACUGGUGGUCAGGCAGGCAACCUCUGCCUCGCUCAAUUCAAGUCUUCUGCCGGCUUUGGUAACUGCGCUGUGAUUCAACAAGGCGCUGCUGCUGCUGCUGGUAACGCUGCUGCUACCGCUGGUAACGCUGCGGCCGGUAACGCUGUUGCUGGAGCCAUUGGUGCUGGAGCUGCUGGGGGUGCCGCUGCUGCUGCUGCUGCAUCUGCAGCUGGAACCGGACGCGGAAGACGUCCUCAAGGCGGACGUGGGCGAGGCCGUAAUGCCGCCGCCGCCGCCGGCACUCGGGCUCCUCGUGCGCUCCUCCAUGCACUUAGAACAGCCGAGGAGAAGUUGUAG